AUGGCAUUACAAUCGCCGACUCAAAUUAACAAAGAAAUAUUACGAAAAGAAGGAGUCUUACUGCUUUAUUUACCUCUGCUUGGACAGACAUGUGUAAUUUUCUCAGCAUCUCUAUACAUAUAUUUCCUAAUUCACUAUUACUAUAACAACAUCAUCAACAAGACUACACCUAAAAAUAAUAAUCUAUUAAGAAUAACAUCGUUUGAUGUUAUAUUCUAUCUACUCUCAAUAUUUGGCGCAAUCUGGCGUAUCAAAUGCUUUAAAACCCUAGAAGAGUUUUUCACCUAUCAUCUCACAAUUCACAAAGAGCACCGACUCAUCACAACCGGACCAUAUAAGAAUCUACGCCAUCCCUCAUAUUCUGCAGCAAUUCUGAUGGGUUGA